CCGGAUCUGCGACCAAGUGAGAUAUUAAAACAGAUCCCUCUCCCGGUUUACUCUAUUUACAUCCCCUUUGAACAGACAACCCACCACAAGAGACCCGGAGCAAUGAGGCUCCCCUCACUAUUUCCCGCAGCGACUGCCGCCGCCGUCGCCGCCAUCUCCCUCUUCUUCGCCUCUCCAUCAUCAGCCGCUGCCAUUGACUUCAGCUCAAAGGCUCCUCGUGAUGCGCUUCCCGGAACGCUUUCCCUCGAAGACGGACAGUCGCUCUUCACAUUCAACUACUCAACGCCGAACCCCGACCCGAAGAACUGGAUCGGCGUCUACGAGACAUACUAUGGAGGCCCUGACAAUGAAGAAUUCGUCGCAGGCUCCUUGACCUGGGCGUAUGCGCCUGACGGCAACGGUGAGGUGCACGUCGACGUCUCGAGUCUAUCUGCCGGCUACUACAGGGCCUAUUUCCUGGCCAAGGAUGGCUACCAGUGGCUUGCGAAGCCCAUCGACGUCAUCGUGCCCGGCUCGGGACCUAUCGAGUUCAUCAACGACCGCAUCAUCACCCAGAAUGCCCACCAGGGCAGCCCCUUCAAGGCCAGGUUAGGCCGCUUGAUUGCCAAUCCCAAGGACGACGAGACCAAGUUCACCAAGGUCACCACCCACGGCUCCGAAUGGGUCAAGGUCGCCAAGGACGGAACCAUCUUCGGCACGCCGGGCCCCAAGGACAAGGACACCAGCUUUGUGGUCAAGGCGACGGCCAGCGAUGGCUCCUCUGCCACCAUCCAGGUCAAAAUCCCUGUUCGGGCCAAGAAUGAGCCGCUGGUGCGCGAACUCAAGGUCAUGUCCUUCAACAUGUGGUUCGGCGGCACCAACGUCGACGACUACCACAACAAACAGGUCCGCUUCCUCAUCAACACAAACGUCGACAUCGUCGGUCUGCAGGAGAGCUGGAACGGCCAGGCAACCCGCCUCGCGCAGGCGCUUGGCUGGUACUACUGGCAGAGCCCCAAGGAAGUCGGCAUCAUCAGUCGCUAUCCCAUCGUCGAGGUAUUUCCGGAGCAGGCCGCCGGUGGAUCGAUCCGCAUCGAGCUGGAUGGCCGCAAGAGUCAGCUCAUCAUGUGGAACGUUCAUCUAGGAUACAAUCCUUACGGACCAUACGACUUCUGCUUCGACCACUUGCCCCUGGCCGAGGUCCUCAACCGGGAGUACCAGUCCGGCCGCACGCCGCAAAUCAUGGAAAUCGUCAGCGCCAUGCAAGGUGCCCUUGCCGAGGCCGACGACAUCCCCGUCCUCCUCACCGGCGACUUCAACGCGCCGUCUCACCUCGACUGGACAGACGCAACUAAGAAAGCCCACUGCGGCACUGGCUUCGUCCCUUGGCCGAGCUCCGAAUUCCCCAUGCAGUCGGGUCUGAUCGACUCGUUCCGCGAGGCGCAUCCCGAUCCCAACGCCGAGCCGGGCAUCACUUGGUCGCCCAUCUACCUCGACAACAACGGCCGGCCCGAGCCAUUGGACCGAAUCGACUUUGUCUUCCACAAGGGUCGCAGCCUCAAAGUUCUCUCGUCAGAGACACUUGUCGCCGGUGAGCCCACUCCAGAGCCGAAUCAGCGGAACAAUGAGUGGACGUCGGAUCACGCUGCCGUUUUGACCACGUACAGGAUCGGAUACUCUGACGAUGACGGAGAGCUGUAGGGGCGUUAUCCAGACAAGAUUUGUCGUCUGUCGUGCAUUUCAUGGGAGUUUGGGCGCGCUUUAUCGUUCU